AUGGGUAGAUCAGAAGAGGCAAGUUGCAACUUUGGACCUCAGAGGAAGAGUGGCUUCAUGAGUGAACGGUGGUUGACUAGUCUCCUAAAACUGCAAGGAAGGCAAACAGAAAAUGUUCUCAUUCUAAACCAUGAGCAUGCUGGGCUAAAAGUUAUUUUUUCCAGUAUGGGUAAACUUAUCUGGAUAAUUCUCAGAUUUGUUCGUGAUCUUCCAGAGGAAGAAUAUGACUACGCUGCACCUUGUGAACUAGUGGGUAGUGUGGUCUACCAGGCAGGAGAAGCUGCCAUAGAGGAUGCGGGUGACACCAAACCAAUUGAUCGUCAUCGGCAUCCUGACAAUAUAACAGAUCCUUCAGCUGGUCUCCAGACUCAAGGAUUCAAGGACUUUCUCCAAAUCCUCCCAAACAUUUCCACAGACCAAUACCAUACCAACUUUCAGCUAUCACAAGCAAGCAGAGACCACCAUUCAGACUCAGUCCAGAAUAUUGUCCCUAGCUUCAGUCCUUUCCAUUUCUACUGCCAGCAAGUGACACAAGAUAACAAAACAACCACAAGUACAAGAACCAGCUCUUGUGAGCAGACAGAAGUAAGAGGGGCUCCAACUGUGGAGGACCCCACCAACAAAGGCAACAUCAUUAAGCCAUAUGCCAGGAAAAAAACACGGAUUCGGAGGCCACCUCCCAUCACUGAAGAUUUGGCCCCACAAAGGAAAAAGACUGCUCCUGUCAGUCCUGCAUAUGUCAUCCGCAAGUCCCGGAUUUCCAACAAUGUCCAGAUACAACCACUCAGGGAUAGGGUCAUUCACCUGCUGGCACUGAGGGAUUACAAAAUGUCUGAGCUCCUAGUUCGACUUCAGAAAGAUGGCAUCCCCAAAGAUGCCAGAAGCAUGCUGGGAGAAAUCCUUCCUCAAGUUGCCACCCUGAAGAGUGACCUGUCAUACUACUUAAAGGAUCAUUUCUAUAAAGAGAUCCAAAAUGACUGGCCUGGGUAUAGUGAUCUGGACAGGCAGUUACUGUGUUGGAUACUGUCCAAGAAAGGCAAUUCACCUUUUGGUACUAUAGACACCUAUCACCCAGAAGCUUCCAUCCAUUUUAGUGCAGAUAAAACACCGUGUCUGAUGAAGGAAGAAUGUCCCAGUUCAACUAUUGACCCUUUAAGGAUAAAAAAGAUCAGGAUCUCUCACCUGGAAAUGGCAGCCCAGAUAAGACCUAGAAAACCCCCAUGUAACACCAGUGAGAGAAUUAGCACUGCUAGUCCCAGUCAUCCACCACAGCCAGCAGACACCCUGCCCAUUGCAGACCAGCCACAAUCUGUGCCCUCCAAUUUCUAUCCUUGUCAUGCUACAGAAAAGCCUGGCAUAAAAAAGGCAUUUGAUGAGAGUGUUCAUCCAAAGAGCAGAACGAUGGAGGACCAGCAAGAGAAGGAAGCAUCUGGGGAAAUGGUCCCUUCAACUUCUGUUCCAAUGGAACAACAGAAGCAUUGGGAAAACAGUUACUGGAGGCCCAAGCAGAAACACAAAUGGGAGAAAGUGGAAGAAAAUAACCAGGAGCACAAAACUGAGGCCAUGGAGAAAUGGAAGAAGGACACUGGAAAACAAGGUCAGGAUGUAGAAACACACUCCAGGAAAGAGGCUCCCAUGAGGAAGACUUACCCACCAUCUACGUCCCCAGAUUAUUUGACUGACUAUGUCACCGUAGUUAACGAUGAACAGCGGCACCGUUAUUAUCAGGCAUUCAAAGCAGAAUACGACGAAUACCAGACCCUGCAGAACAAGAUACAAUCUCUGUUUACAAAGUAUGUUGAACUACAGUCACAAAGGGAGAAGUUCUCACCAGACUCGAAAGAGUAUUGGGACAUUAAUAAAGCAAUCAGACGAGAGUAUAGGGAGAUGCAACACCUCAACUCCAACAUCCAUGCUGAAAAGAAGCGAUGCUGGUAUCUUUAUAACAAGCUGACCCACAUUAAAACCUUAGUAACUGAUUAUGACCAACAGCAAAGCAUCAUGAUGCCAAAAUAG